CGUUAGCAUUCAAUCUGAUAAUAAUCACACAAUGAACCCAUACGAAGCCAACCCUGAGAAUAUACCGCCAACAGAUCGAUACGCGGAUGUGCCUCUGUAUGGCAGAUACCUUCCCCGCCCCACCGACUUCACACCUGAUGCAAAGCACAUGAAUUGCACUACGCCAGAGUCCCUAGGAUACUGGUUUACAGUGCUUAAGAAAUGCACGGAGUCCAACAGGAUUUACGACAAUCAGGAUGGAGGGCGCGAUGUCUUUGCGCUCGGAAGCGUGAUCAUCAAGUCUAGUCACUUGAAGGCAAAUCCUCAAGGCCGACGGUCUCACCGCGACUAUUCGUACGCCGAUGCGAACGAGGUGGAGGCCUUGGCUCUUGCAAGGAAGGUGCUGGAUAGCACCAAAGUCCCUCAGGUCUACUUCGCAGCUAAGAUCAACGAACGUGAUGUAUUUGUACAAAAGAGAAUCCCUGGAGUCGGCCUCAACAUAGCUUGGCAGUACAUCUCGCAGUCUCAGAAGUCUUCCUUCAAGCAACAGGUACGAGAGAUACUACAGAAGCUGCGCACAAUUUCACCCGCUGAGAUCAGUCGCCGAUCUUACGUCGUUCCGGACCCAGAUCCCGUUGAACAUCGUGGUAUUCAAGAGCUCGAAAGAGAGAUUAUCUUUGCAGAGGACAACAAAGACCCCGAGCUUAGCUUCAUGCACAAUGAUGUCUCAUUGUCAAACUGUAUUGUUGAUAACGAUAGGAUUGUUGGCCUCAUCGAUUGGGAGAUGGCUGGAUUCUUUGGCUGGAAAACUGCAGCGAAUGUUCAUGCUCAGAUACGAACUCCAAAGCGUGAGAAUUUCGCUUCACUCAAUCUGCCAGAGGAUAUGCUGAACGAUAUGCUUUUCUGGAACGACUUGUAUGACGUGGAGUGAUAGUACUUAACAAAUCGAAGAACGUAUUCUCGCUCCC